AGAGAGAGAGAGAGAGAGAAAGGUCUACACAGAAAAAAUGUGGUCCCACUCUGAAAACACCGUUUCCAAGCAGGCGGUCUCAAGCUCAUACUUUUCUUCUAAACUCGACUCUUCGCUGAGGUGAUACAAACACAUUAACAGUCAUUACUUUCCGACACAGCAUGUUCGUGUUAGCUGCCACUAUGGGAUUCAUAUCUUUGUACUUGGACUGAAGUUGUGUAAAUCUGCGGUAAAAUGGAGAGAGGAGCUGAAACCCUGGGAAUCUCGCCCUCUUACUGCCUCCUUCGGCUGUAAGAAAUCCCCUUUCGAGAUUUCAGCAAAUUUGAGCAUUGUCAGAAGUUCAGACACUCGUGAGGUGUUCAUUGUUGAGGUCACUGAGUGCCGCACUGAAGGUGUCCUUUUGUGCCAUUUACCGGUGUGGCACUGCACCGUACACGGUUUGGAUGUUGUCUGGGAGAUGAGAAUGUGCUGCUAGCAACAGGAAGGAAGGAUUUUGACAUGAUGGGGUGCAGGACGAGCAAAGUCCUACCAGAACCACCCGCCGAUGUCCAACUAGACCUGGUCAAAAAGGUAGAGCCUCAUCAGACCGAUGUCUACAAGAACUUUAUCAAAUCUGGAGGCGGCACUGAGAAAACAAACUCGCCGUCCCCUCAGGGUCAAUCCCAGGCUUCUGCAAAGGUGGGUCAAUCCCCUCUCCCGGCUAACGGCCAGCCGGAUCCCGCUGAUCCACACCGGAAAAAAGUGGCCAAAUACAGGGCCAAGUUUGACCCUCGAGUGACUGCUAAGUAUGACAUCAAAGCUCUGAUAGGUCGUGGCAGCUUCAGUCGGGUGGUAAGAGUGGAACACAGGAGCACGCGGCAGCCGUACGCCAUCAAGAUGAUUGAGACCCGUUACCGUGAGGGCAGGGAAGUGUGUGAAUCCGAACUCUGCGUUUUGAGACGCGUGCGUCACACCAACAUCAUCCAGCUGAUGGAGGUCUUUGAGACAGCAGAACGGGUCUACAUGGUGAUGGAGCUGGCCACCGGCGGUGAACUCUUUGACCGCAUCAUCGCUCGUGGGUCCUUCACGGAAAGGGACGCCACACGCGUCCUGCAGAUGGUUCUUGAUGGGGUAAAGUACCUUCACAUGCUGGGCAUCACACAUAGGGACCUGAAGCCCGAGAACUUGCUUUACUAUCAUCCUGGUGCCGAUUCCAAGAUAAUGAUCACAGACUUUGGCUUGGCCAGCACGAGGAAGAAGGGUGAUGAAUGUCUGAUGAAGACUACCUGUGGAACACCCGAGUACAUCGCUCCUGAGAUUCUCGUCCGGAAGCCAUAUACUAAUGCAGUAGACAUGUGGGCACUGGGGGUCAUCUCCUAUAUACUGCUUAGUGGCACCAUGCCUUUUGAGGAUGACAAUCGCAUGCGCAUGUAUCGACAGAUCCUCAAAGGGAAGUACAGCUUCUCUGGGGAGCCAUGGCCAAGCGUCUCCAACCUCGCAAAGGACUUUAUCGACCGUGUCCUCACAGCGGAUCCUAAUGAACGGCUGACUGCUGGCCAGGCACUUAAACACCCUUGGAUUGUCAGCAUGGCUGCUUCCUCCUCAAUGAAGAACCUGCAGCGAUCCAUUUCCCAGAACCUCCGGAAGAGAGACUCAUCACGCUGUCCCAGCACCAAAUCGGCCCAAUCCACUCGCUCCAGCCGCUCCACAAAAUCCAGCAAGGCGCGGCGCGUACGCGAGAAAGAGCUGAGGGAACUCAACCGAAGAUACCAGCAGCAGUGUAAUGGCUGACUCUAUGUGUCUGACUCAUGCAGAUUAAAACGUCGGAGAACGUUGGAGAGAGUAGAACAAUAUUGCGCCUCAAUUCAACUUCCUCCUCCAUCACAGAGCCAAUUAUCCUUGGAAAUUUUCACUCGUUUUCUCUUUUUCUGCUGUUUCGCUUUUGUCUGUUACCUUUUUUGUGAAAUGUUUUAUUUAUUUAUUGUUGGUGUUUUUAUUGUCGUGUCUCAUUCAUCUUUUUAUCUGAUUGUAUCUGUUGAACAGAAUUUUUACGUUGCUGGAAGGACUGAGAAUACACCUUUGCUGUUCGAGACCUUCCUGAUUUUUGCUGUGAAUUAUUUGUUAUGGUACCCAUGAAGUUGAUUGCUCUUCUGAGAGGGGAAAUGUGCUGUUUAUUCAUUAUUGACAACAAAUCCAAUGGGCUGGGAAAAAUAGUCAAACAAAUCACAUUUGAUAUCAAUGGGUUACAUCUGUUCUAUUCAGUCUACCAAGCCUUUAUUUUUCUACGAUUAUUCUGCAACCUUGCUUGUAAAGACCUAAAUGUCAAUAUCAGUUGUUAAAAUCUGCCCAAAACUAUACCGAUAUUUUAUGAGUAAAAUAGUCUUUGGCUUUUGGACUCUUUAGUUUAAGUGAACAAACUUAAUAUUUAUGCAUUUUUAACUUAAAAUUCUAUUUUAGAGGAUUCAUCACUGUUAGAUCUGUCUUUCAUUUAACCCAACUAUUGAUCUUUAAGCCACUUAACAAUCAUCAAAGACUGUGAUAGCUUACCCCCCUUUGUCAGAAAAGAGCAAAGAUGUGCCAAAGAAGCUCCGGUGUACCUGAACGAGGAGCGUUUGGAAAGACAUGGUUUCUCGUGGAAUUAAUAAAACUGUGAUAAUAUUAGGAAUUCUCAAAAUGUAUGUUUUGAAUAAAUACAUUCUAUGUGACAUUUUAUGAAACUGUAUAUAACAAAUGAAGGGAAAAAGCAAUAUGUACUUGAGUUCUGUCUCAUUUCACAGCAAGUGCCAUUAAUUUGGUUUAAAAAUGAUGAAAACAUCUUUAUAAAAUAGCGUCAUUUUGGAGGCUUUGUUUUGAUCACAGUUUGAAGAAAGAGAUACUCCAAACUUUUUUUUAUUCACAUUAUCUCAUGUUUAUGCUUGUUUAAUUCUCUCAAACUUUAGAUAAAAUAUAUUUUACUCUUUUUGGUUAUGUUUAUUAGAAAAAUUCAACCAUUUGUUAAAUUGUUUUUUCGCCCACAUUGAAAAAUGAUUAGAAAAUUGAAAAACACUUAGCAUAUCUGUUACAUGACAGAUCAUGUAUAAGUUACAUCAAACUUUUCAGUACUAUCCACUAAAAUGCCUUUAAUAAAUCUUGAUGUCAAAAGAAGUAAUUAUAUAUUUUGGGAAGACCACUGUUUGUAUAUCUCUAUACCCCAAAUCUUUUUUUCAAGAUAAUUAUUUUAUGAGUGUUCGUUGUUCAAAUCUGAUUUUUUAGUAAGUAUAAGACUGGUAAUGAAAAUGGUCUUUAAAGUGCCAAAAAUAUGUAUGAUUUAAUGUUUCAGCAACAUUGCAGCAGUUUAAUCCAACAGCAAUAUCUUUUGAAAAGAAAUGCUUUAUUUCUGAUGUUUUUUAAAUGAAGAUUUGUGGUAGAACAUGUACAUUAACUUUUUCAAAAUAGUGAAUUAAAGAUUUAAAAAAUAUA